GAAUAUAUCAGAACAUUUUGUCAGCGCUUCGAUGAUUUCCCGGAAUACGCACCUUUCGCCCUAGGAAUCGAGAAGCCUUGUCCCGGGUUCGCUCAAGGCUUCAGAUUGGAAGCAUACCCGUGCAUGAACAUUGAAUACGUAUCUGCCGCUGUAUGUCUUGUUCGCGAUCAUGCUUCGCUUGUUCACCCACACCUCGCUGGCGAUUUUACAUCUGGAGAUGUCAAUGAUUUAGAGGCAGUCAGCGCACGCCAUGGUGCGGCACUCGUCUACAUGAGGAAUCUGGCUCUCGCUCACAUUAGAGCAGAAAUCUUGGAAGACAUGGCAGGAAUCAUGACUUUUACCACGAACGGCACGUAUAUCAACUUCUUUGCGCACUAUGCGUCCACCUCUGCUGAGGGUAGGCUGGAAUAUCACCAAUACCCUAUUGCAUCGGUGAAUCUGAUGGGCUCUUAUUUUGAGUUUAUUCAGGGCGUCACCAUGCUCCGGAAUUGUCAGGAUCAUGCCCUUUUUAUUGCCACUCAUCUCAGAGACGAUUUGGAGAAAUAUCAUAUGAGAAAU